AUGGUGUACAAGAUCAUAUCAAAAGUGUUGGUGAAUCAUUUGAAGAAAUUCAUGAGCAGCUUGAUAGAUCCGCCGGCGCCGCCCUCCUACGAUCGGAGCUCAGUUCCAGCUAAUGAUGCGUACUCCAAGUUUUUCAGCAGCGUUGCCGCCGACGCGCAGAACAUGGAGUCUAUGAUGGUCCAAAUCGCGCCGCCGAACGCGGUCAUUGGCACUGUAAUGCUCACCGUCGACGACCUCCGGAAGCUAAAGGAGAUGGUUUCCACCAAAGUGAACGACUCCGCUUUCCGCUGCUCCAACAUCGUGGCGACCUACGCUUACGCGUGGGUUUCCCUCGUCAAAGCACGAGGGCACAACGAGGACACCACUGCUCACAUGGCGUUCCCCGGAAACUGCAGGGAGCGGAUUCAGCCCCCGCUACCAGCGGAGUACUUCAGCAACUACAUCGGCGGCAACUUCGUCCAUGCGAAGGCCGUCGACCUCGCGGGAGAAGAUGGGGUGGCGGCGGCGGCUCGACUCAUCGGGGAAGCCAUCGAACAGUUUAAGGAAGACCCUCUGAAGGAUGCAGCCAAGUGGAUGGACAGGUACCAGGCGAUCGCGCUGCAGAGGCCUCUGAGCGUUGCGGGGUCGCCGGGUUUCAAGAUUUACGACGUGGAUUUCGGGUGGGGAAGGCCGGUGAAGGUGGACAUGCCGUCGAUAUCGUGGGGAGGGCCAUUUCGGUGUCGGAGAGCAGAGAUGAGAUCCGCAGAGUGGAAAUCUGUUUGGUGGUGUCCAAAGACUGAGAUGGAUGAGUUUGAGGCUCACUUCUCAAAUGGUCUAAAACUGCUGCAGUGA